CUCUCUCUCUCUCUCUCCAUCAUCAGACAUCGUGAGUCUCCGGCGUCGAACACACUCCGCUCCUCCGCCCCGACUCUAACGUUACACGCUGCCCGCAGGAGCGCCGUGUCCGCGGAACAACAUGUGGGACCGAGUAGCUGUGCUGCUGCUGACCGUGGCGGCCUCGGCUUCGGCUGCCGAGGUGCCUACAGAUGUUUCCAUGGGUCUGUUGGCAGAACCCCAGGUAGCCAUGUUUUGCGGUAAACUCAAUAUGCACAUCAACGUGCAGAGCGGCAAGUGGGAGCCGGACCCCUCAAGCACCAAGAGCUGCAUCGGCACUAAGGAGGGCAUCCUGCAGUACUGCCAGGAGGUGUACCCAGAGCUCCAGAUUACCAACGUGGUGGAGGCCAACCAGCCAAUCAGCAUCCGGAACUGGUGCAAGAAGGGACGCAAGCAGUGUCACAGCCACAUGCACAUCGUUGUGCCCUACCGCUGCCUGGUGGGAGAAUUUGUGAGUGAUGCCCUGCUAGUCCCGGACAAGUGCAAGUUCCUGCACCAGGAGCGCAUGGAUCAGUGUGAGAGCCACUUGCACUGGCACACUGUAGCCAAGGAGUCCUGUGGAGACCGCACCAUGAAUCUCCAUGACUACGGGAUGCUGUUGCCAUGUGGCAUCGACCGUUUCCGAGGUGUGGAGUUUGUGUGCUGUCCCGCUGAAGCGGAGCGGGAAGCUGAUAGCGCCGAGCAGGACACUGAUGAUUCUGAUGUCUGGUGGGGCGGUGCAGAGACCGACUACUCUGACAACAGUAUGGUGCGGGAGCCAGAGCCAGUGGAGCAGCAAGAGGAAGCCAGGCCAUCUGCGGCGGUAGAGGAGGAAGAGGAAGAGGAGGUGGCUGAGGAAGACGAGGUGGAGGAGGAGGAAGAGGAUCUACUUGACAAUGACCAGGACGGAGACGGGGAGGAGGAUGAGGAGGCAGUAGAGGAGGAAGAAGAGGAGGAUGGUGACGACGACAUUAUCGACGCACUCGGCGACGACGAUGCCGACGAGCCCACCACAAACGUUGCCAUGACAACCACCACCACUACCACCACCGAGUCUGUGGAGGAAGUUGUCCGGGAUGUGUGCUGGGCCAACGCAGAGACUGGUCCGUGCCGGGCCAUGCUGCCACGCUGGUACUUUGACCGACAGGACGGCCGCUGUGCUCAGUUUAUCUACGGCGGCUGCGGAGGCAACAGGAAUAACUUUGAGUCAGAGGAGUACUGCCUGUCUGUCUGCAGCAGCGUCAUACCUACUGCCACGCCCAGCUCUCCAGACGCCGUGGACCACUACCUAGAGACACCCACCGACGAAAACGAACACGCCCACUUCCAAAAGGCCAAGGAGAGCCUGGAGGCCAAGCACCGUGAGAGAAUGUCCCAGGUGAUGAGAGAGUGGGAGGAGGCUGAGAGGGAGGCCAAGAAUCUUCCACGUGCUGACAAGAAGGCUGUCAUCCAGCGUUUCCAGGAGAAGGUGGAGGGGCUGGAGCAGGAGGCAGCCAGCGAGCGCCAGCAGCUGGUGGAGACCCACAUGGCCCGGGUGGAGGCUCUGCUCAACGACCGCCGUCGUCUGGCUCUGGAGAGCUACCUGACUGCCCUGCAGCAGGACCCACCCAGGCCUCGUCACGUCUUCAGCCUGUUGAAGAAGUACGUGCGUGCCGAGCAGAAGGACAGGCAGCACACCCUCAAACACUUUGAACACGUCCGCAUGGUGGAUCCCAAGAAGGCAGCGCAGAUCAGACCCCAGGUGCUGACCCACCUGCGUGUCAUCGAGGAGCGUAUGAACCAAUCUCUGGGACUUCUCUACAAGGUGCCCGGCGUGGCCGACGAUAUCCAGGACCAAGUCGAGCUCCUGCAGAGGGAGCAGGCGGAGAUGGCCCAGCAGCUGGCCAACCUGCAGACAGACGUGAGGGUGAGCUACGGCAACGACGCCCUGAUGCCCGACCAGGAGCUGGGAGACGGCCAGACUGACUUCUUGCCCCAGGAAGACACUCUGGGCCUGGGAGGCGUCGGCUUCGUUCACCCUGAGAGCUUCAACCAGCCCAACACCGAGAACCAGGUUGAGCCAGUGGACUCUCGCCCUAAUCUUGACAGAGGCAUUCCCACACGACCAGUGACUGGAAUGAAGAUGGAAGUGUUCCCUGAGCUGCGGAUGGACACAGAGGACAGACAGAGCACUGAAUAUGAAGUUCACCACCAGAAACUGGUAAACAGACACACACAGACACACAAACAAGCUCACUCUGGCAUAAACAGUGCAGGUAUGCAGACUCAUCUGAAUCUCACUGAGGUGUGGAAACAUGCAGGCUAAUUAAUAAACAUAGAGAAAUC